UAUAAAUAAACACGUAAAAUUUUUUUUUAAUUUAAUAUCUGUUUUAUAUUACGUCAUGUUUUUUGCCACGCAUGCCCGCAUGCGCGAGAAACUCGGCCAAUGUCACCUGUCACUUUUGACAGUUUGACAGAGUAGUUGCUGUUGCUGUGUAAUUAAUCGAUAGGCAUGCAAAAAUAAGAAAUUUCGUAAAUCUUUUUAUAUUUGAAGCAAAGAGAUGAAACACGGCAAAAAUCAGAACGAAACAACGUAUAAUUAAUUUAGCAAUAAUUUUACAAAAUCAAUGCAAAUUUACAAAACUUGAGUUAUUAUCAAAGCACAAGUAUAAACUAAUGCAUUUUCUGCUGUUGAUGCUAACGUGAUAAGUACUUGCAAUAUAGUUAUCCUUACUUAUCAUUGAAUGUAAUUAAUGCUAUAUUACAAAAUGGAAUUGGCGAAGGAAGUAAUCGAUGGUUUAGUAAACAUUCAGAACAGCAAUGUCUUACCCGAAGAAGCAUUUUUACAAUUAGUAGAUGUUAUAGUAUCUUACAUUUGUAAGAAUGUUAACGAUGGAAAAAGCAUCGCUAGUAUAUAUCCAUCCAAAUCAGACCUGAUAAAGGCUGCUGUUGCCAGUAUAUCUUGCCUUUUUAUAGAGGCUGCUAGACACGAUUACGAUGAAGAGAGCUUAAAAAUCUUUCUACAUAACGAACAUAUUAAUGGACAAAGGAUUGAAAAAUUGUGUAGCAUUUACAUUAAUAACAAACAAGAUAUUCAGACACAGUUGGAGUUGACAGGAGAUAACAUACCACACAUAGUUGAUGUGGAUUGGCGUUUACAUCAUUGUGUUAAGAUUAGUACUUGUUGUUCUACCGACAUGCCAACUUAUAAUGUUCGAAUGAGUACAAAAAAAUGUAAUGAAAUGAAAUAUGUUACAUUUACAUGCACCGUACAACAGCUGCAAGAGUUGGUGUACAAGUUGAAGGAUGCUGUAAGGCACAUCGAAAAAAUCUCUAAUAUAUAAAUAUGUAUUAAUUUACAAUUUGGAAACACAUUCUUUCAUUAUUUCGAUUUAACGAUGUGUAUAUAUAUAUAUAUAAUAUAUAUGAAGGAUAUUUAUAUAAGGAUAUUUUAUAUUUCGUAUUGAAUAAUAAACAGUUUUUAUGUAGGUGCAGUCAGUUAUA